AUGAAAUUGCCGAUUGAAAUAGAAGAUACAAAAGAAGAUGAAAAAACAGAUAUAGGUGACGAUACAGAAGAAGACGAUUCACCUACUCAAACAACAGAUACAUCUAAACAAGAGAAAUUCUGUAAUUGGAACCGUUUUGUUCACUGGAUUCAAUGCGUAUUCGGUUAUCAACGCUCGUCUACAAUAGACCAACCUUAUCGUACGGCUGUCUAUUCAUUGUCAAAAAUUGAUCAAUUUGUAAAAUGUUUCGAUAAACGAAAUCGAUCUGAAACAGAUCUGAACCGUUCAAGCAGUGAAAACUUAUGGGAUAUUGCUGAGAAGAACUAUUUUACAACCAGCGAACGACAUUGGCUCACUUAUGAACUGUUGUCACGGAUCAAGGGAAAGAUUAUUACGAAUUCAUGUGUGUCAUCUGAACAAAAUUUAUCGAACACAUCCGAUAUUUGUGGAUCAUUUGGACACAAUACAGACAUGUGUCCUCUUUGUGAUAAAACAUGUUCAUUUUGGAAGCUUAGUGAUAGUUGUGUCUAUGCACAAAUUUCUUAUGUAUUUGAUAAUGUUGCUACCGUCAUAUUUGCUAUAUUGAUGUCUAUCUGGGCAAGAGGCUUUGUAGAAGGAUGGAAACGAGGUCAAUCCGAAUUACAAUGUCGAUGGGAUUCGAUCGAUUUUCAUGAAUGUAAUGAACCAAUACGACCUGAUUUUGAAAAACAAGUUCGAUCAAAACGAAAGAAUAUAAAAACUGGAAGAAAGGAAUCACAUGUCAGUAUUGAACAGAAACUUCCAAAAAUUCUGUUGUCAAUUAGUGUCGUUUUAUUGAUGAUAAUUAUCGUCUGUCUGACAAUAUUCUCUAUCAUUGUCUAUCGUAUUCAAAUAACAUAUGUCUUAAAAAAUGUAUCAGUUAGUUCAUAUUCAUCGAUUAUAAUCACUGUAACAAGUGCCAUUAUGAAUCUAAUUUGUUCUCUUAUAUUAUCACCAUUGUAUUAUUAUAUUGCACAAAAAAUAACCGAUUAUGAAUUACACAAAUACCAAUCAGAAUACGAAGCAGCAUUUUCACUUAAGGUUUAUAUAUUUGAAUUUAUCAAUUUUUAUUCAUCAUUAUUUUAUGUUGCCUUUUUCAAAGGACGAUCAAGUAGUUACCCAUCUACGUACGGUGCACAAAGAACAAAUGAUUUCACUGAACAGUGUGAUCCUGCUGGUUGCAUGGUUGAACUGUCUAUUCAACUACUCAUCAUUAUGGUUGGCAAACAAAUCGUCAACACUGUGAUCGAAUAUGGUUUACCAUUCUUAAGCAGUAGAAAACUAUGUAAAAAUACCGAUGAAAACAAGAAACAAUGGGAAAUAGACAAUCAAUUGGAUGUAUUUGACUGGCAAAUGCUCUUACCAGAAUAUCUUGAAAUGACUAUUCAAUUUGGUUUUAUCACACUAUUUGUUGCUGCUUUUCCAUUAGCACCAUUGUUUGCAUUAUUAAAUAAUAUAUUAGAAAUUCGGUUUGACGCCUGGAAGUUAUUAACAAGAUAUCGUCGACCUGUUCUACAUAAAGCAGCAAACAUUGGCAUUUGGACUGCUAUUCUUUCCAGCAUUUCUUAUUUUGCUGUUUUGACUAAUGGAGCAGUCAUUGCAUGGACAUCCGAAUUUAUACCAAAAUUAGCCUACCAGAGCAUAGAAGGAAAAGGAACAAGUCUUGAUGGUUAUGUUAAUUGGACACUUUCUUUAUUUCCGAUCAGUGAUUACAAUAGAACAGGUACUAUGAAUCCAAAUAUUCCAUCAAAUUUGACUUACUGUCGUUAUCGUGAUUUUCGAGAAUCAAUCGGUCCUAAUUAUAAUUAUACAUCACUUUAUUGGCAUAUUAUUGCUGCUCGUCUAGCUUUUAUGAUCAUUUUUGAAAAUGUUAUCUAUCUAAUUGUUUAUUUAGUUGAAUUGAUGGUUCCUGAUGUAUCCAGUCAUGUUCAAGAAGCUAUCGAUCGACAACGUUACAGUGAACAAUCUCAUCGAGAUUCUCCUCCCAAGACUCCAUCUGCAGUGAAAGAACAACAUGUUAUUAAAAAUCAUAAAGAACAUUUAUUCCUAUGUAUUGAAGCUGUAUCAGAGGGAACAUCAGCACCAAUUACAAAUUUUCUUAUAACAAUAGAAGAUAGAGAUCCAAAAUGUGCAUCAUUAACAAGGAUUUUAGAAACAAUAUUCCUUGGAGCUUGGUAUCCAAUAAUUGUUGCAACUAAUUCUAGAGAAAUAAAACAAAAUUAA